AUGACGACUACCAAACCGCCACUGACCCUUUCUGCCGUGUUUGACAAAGUGCCUGAGGUCGCCGACCUAGUCGUCAAAGAACUUGAUCCAAACGACACAAAGGACCUCUUGAUUGAGACUGACCCCUUGAUCACGAGAUUUUGUCACGGAAAAGGCGGCGGAUUCGAUCGUCUGAUUGCCAUUAGUUCGGCAGGAAAGAAGGAGAGAAAAGGCAUCAAAAGGCUACCCUCUUUACCUCGCCUCUUGGAAGGCGAAUGGCGGAAACGAUUGAUGGGAAAAAGACUUGUGGCGGAAGAUGCAGAGUCUGAUGACACGACGUUCAAGAAGUCCGAUAUUCCUGCUCCAAAUCGUAUCGGCGCUGCGGCUACUGAUUGUUACAUGGAUUUCAAGAAGAACAGGUGA